UAGACCUGACGGUAAAGCUUUAAUGAGAUUCUAGAAUCCAGUCGUAUCUAAGAAGCCACAAAACAUCUUCCUUGGUCUAAGCAACAUCGUAGAAUUUCAAUUAAAUCCCAAAAAUAUCGAGAAGCCCAAAAUUUCUCUACCUAGCUAUAAAUACCUACAUUCUCUCAUGAACAAUAAUCGUCAAUAAAAUUAAUAAGAUUUGAUAAAAGAGAGAUAAAGUCAUGGAACUCUUAAAAAGAUUAUUAUAUGCAAAAAUUUUGAUGAUGGUAAUGGUGAUAUGGAUAGCACCUAUGACAUACGGUCAUGGUCAUGCAACCCACGUACCCGGUGGAAGAACCGGCCCACCCAUGACUGGUGCCCACCCUUCCCAUGGUGCCCACCCUUCCCAUGGCGUCCACCCAUCCCAUGGCUCCCAACCUUCCCAUGGCGCCCACCCAUCCCAUGGCGCCCAUCCAUCCCAUGGCGGCCUUGGGCCGCAUUCUGGUUGGGGUCAUGGCCGUGCCACAUUUUACGGUGACAUCAAUGGUGGAGAAACUCAACAGGGAGCUUGUGGAUAUGGUGAUCUACACAAACAAGGAUAUGGUCUAGAGACAGCAGCACUAAGCACCGCACUAUUUAACAACGGCUCAAGGUGUGGGGCUUGUUUCGAGAUCAAGUGCGUAGAUGCUCCACAAUGGUGUUUGCCAGGUUCCAUCAAGAUCACAGCUACAAACUUCUGUCCACCAGAUUUCUCCAAGCCCAAAGACUGUUGGUGCAACCCGCCACAAAAACACUUUGAUCUCUCGCAACCAAUGUUCCUCAAAAUUGCCAAAUACAAAGCCGGGGUUGUCCCGGUUAAAUUUAGACGUGUUCCUUGUGCGAAAAUCGGAGGUGUCAAGUUUGAAAUCAAGGGAAACCCUCAUUUCUUAAUGAUCUUACCGUACAAUGUAGGAGGAGCUGGAGAUGUUAGGGCCAUGCAAAUUAAGGGAACGAGGACCGAGUGGAUUGCGAUGAAGAAGAAUUGGGGACAGAUUUGGAGCACUGGUGUUGUGUUGACCGGACAAUGUUUAUCGUUUAGGGUUACGACAAGUGAUGGAAUUACGAAAGAGUUUAUUGACGUUACCCCGCCGGAUUGGAAAUGUAAUGGACAGAGUUUUGAUGGAAAGAUUAAUUUUUAGAAAAAGAAUUUGAGUUUUGUUAGCUAACACUUGCAAUAACUAAGAAAUCCGUUGUUAUUAGUUAACAAAACUAUGUCCAUUACAUUUCCAAUCCGUUGUUAUUAAUUAAUUUGUAAUAUAAAAAAUCCGUUGUUAUUAGUUAACGAAGUCUUGUGACAUAUAAUUGGUUUGAUGA